UUUCACAACAACACGAGUUGGAUUUCAAAAUGCUUUCGUUUUGGGCGUAUUGUGCACGAUCUUGGGAUCGUUUCUUGCAGCAAAGUGUAGGGAGGUAUGCAGCUGUUACCCAAGUGAGAUAUGCAAAGGCUAAGGCAUUUCCAGGCAUGCCAGAAAAGCCGAAAAGACCACCAAGUUCUUGGGUGUUGUUUCUUACAGAACGACGUAACGAACUGAAACGACAGCCUGAAUACGAGGAUUUGUCCUUGAUGGAAAUGUCGAAAAGGAUUAGCGAAGAAUGGCGUGGUUUUGAUGAACUGGAGAAGUUACCUUACAAGGACAAAUACGAAGAAUCUUUAGGAGAUUAUAAACGAAGAAUAAAAGAAUACCAAGUGAAUUUAAGUCCAGAGGACAAGCGAGCUUUAAGGCGUAUUAAAUCCGAUAUGCGUGCGUAUGAAAAAGAGCAUCCGAAGCCGAAAUACCCGGGCAAUGGUUAUAUUUCGUUUGUCAAGUCGUGUUUCAGAGAAAAUCCGCGCAGUAAAGAUGAAGAUAUGAAAGACUUUAUCCGAGAUUGUGCCCAAAGGUGGCAAAAUCUGGACGAAGAGACCAAACUGAGAUUGAAUGAACAGGCGUCACCUUUAAUGAGAAAAUAUAGAGAAGAACUGAGAGAAUGGAAAGAUAAGUAUGAGGUAAGCCAGUCCUUCAAACUUAUGCAGGUAUCAGCGGCUUUCCCGGGGGGUCGACCCCCGGGCAACUCACGGGCAACCCCCGGGCAUGGCACGGAAUUUGUUUUAAAAUCACGCCCCGGAGACCGGGGAUUUAGCCUACAUUUGUAUUUUGAAAAUUAACCCCGGACACAAACGCCCGGGAUUUGCAUAUGGACUUCUGCUAUAUCGGUCAGCGGUGAUUCAUCAAAAAAUUCUUAAUUAUGAUUUUUGAAGACGCUUCGAGCCUUCGAAGUUCGAAGCAAAUUCGAAGCAUUUCGAAGCACAUGAACAAUAUACCGUCGAUUGCAACUAAGCAGAAACAUGUCAUGAGAAAACGCGUCCAAUUGGCUGUCAAACAUGAUUUGUUUGGACUUGAAAUUUGGAUUUGAAAUAUUGACAGUCAACUGUCAAUAUUUCAAAUUUAGAAACACAUUCAUAUUGGGCGUGGAUUAGCUUGCAAACACUAAAUCUGUGAUUAAAUUCGUCUGAAUUAAAUUUGUUAAGUUAAUUUUUUUCUUUACUAAAAGGAAGACAAGUGCAUCUGAGCUGCAGUUAUUUCUGGAAAGCCACACGGAAGAGUUAUCUGUAUAUGCAAGUUGGCCGAAACUGCGCCAGCUUUUCAUUGAACUGAACACACCGGUGCGUGCAAGCGCAUCUUGUGAAAGAUUGUUUAGCUGUGCAGGACUAAUUUUUAGACCACAUCAUUCCUCAAUUCUCUUCUGGUCAAAUUAAAUAAACAUUUUGUCUAACUUACAACAUGUUUUCUCAAUUCUAUUAGCCAAAAGAAUGGAUGUAACUUUGCCAUUGUAACUGUAACUAGUUACAAAAAUUUUAAAAUAACUUAGUAAUUUUAACUAGUUACUUUUUUUCAAUUGUGGCUUGUAUCGGUAACUAGUUAGUUUUCUGAUGAUGUAACUGUAACUGUAACUAGUUACAAAAAAUAAGUAACUAUUACAGCACUGGAAACUAGUAUAAAGGACACAAACUUUUUAAACGUUUUGUAUUGCAUACUGAUUUAUUGAGCAGGCUAAAAUAGCAAGCGUAUUAAUGACAAAUGUCCUAUAUAAAAUUGUGUGUGAAUUUUUAGUUCAAAAAUAUCUUCUUUACGGCCUACGCUUCAUGUUUAUUGAACGAGAUGCCCAAAAAUAUGUUGAUAAGUAUAUUAACUUUCUACAAAUUUCUUUGUAAAUAACCAUGUUAUAUUUGAAAUUAUUGUUUUCCAAAUUUCGCCCCGGAGGUAGGGGUAUUUGUGACAAAAUUUUGCCCAGACCCACGGGCAUUAGUGUCCUUUUGUCAAGGCUGUUUUGACAAAUCCCCAGGGUGGCCCGGGGGUCGACUCCCUGGGUCGACUCCCUGGGAAAGCCGCUGAUACCUGCAUUAUGCAAUAGCAAAGCAAAGCAAUAUGCAGACCUGCAAAGCAAUAUGCAGACCUUCCAAGUUUCCCGCAAUUACCAUGAAAAUACCACAUUUUUCGUUUGCUUUCACGCAUCCUGCAUGAAGUGACUUUCUUCCCGCAUUUUAAAAACUUAACUUGUGGAGGUUUCUUCCUGUGGGGUAAUUACUCCUGUUUCUUUUCAUUUGCACGAUGUCCAAUGCAUUCUUUUUGCCAUCGCCAGUGCCCAGAAGUUUUGAAAAUGUGUGUCUCAAUCGCAUAUCAAAAAGAGAAAAAAAAACUGGAAGACUCCUGAGCCUGAGGGGCGUUAUUUUUGCCGUUUGGGAAGAGGAGUGAUGUUAACAUUCAUAUUUUUUAUAGCAUGUACACAUAAGGUUUGUGCUUCGAAAAAGACUGAAGGAAAACCUUGGAAAGGCAAUUUUCUGAGGAACUCAAAAUUUCCCCCUGGGCGCGCCAACCAUGGUGGCGCCUCAUGGACACUAACCUAAGGAAAUUACCUUCCCACAUAAAAAUUUUCAAAACUUGACAGGUCUGGAUAUGUGUAGAUUUAGGUCGCAAAAGUUUGCCAACCUACUUUCAAAUACAUCUCGGCAUUUUUUCCACGAACGCAUCUUUUGAAAAGUACACAUACAUGUUAAAUUUUUCAAUUUUGUUUCCAAAGGUCAUAGGUUCGAUUCCCACCGUGGUCAGGCAUAUUUUUCAAGCUUGCCUGGUGUGCCCAGUAACAUCACAAACAUCAUAUUCACCUGAGUACAUUACACCAACACAGAAAAAAAAAAUCAUACAUGUUAAAAUCGUCGAGCGUCAAGAUUUAAGUGAAUGUAUAUGGUAAUAAAGUUGUGUAGUAGCACUGUUAGAUUGGAGUUCAUACAUUUUGUUAGUUGUUUUGUUUGCUAUUGGCAUUGAUUGCAAUUAAUUGCUGUUUAUAAAUAUGCGUAUUUGCAGCAAGCAAAUAAAAUUUUCAUUUGGAUAUUAUCUAUUUGUUUUGAAAAUAUUUGCCGACCUAGAUUCAGAAUUAUCGCUUUUAGGUCUGCACUUUCUUGCUGACCUGGAAUUUCAGGAGUUUCAAGGACUGUAAGCACAUGGUGUGCACACUAGAGCUGUGCGAUCCAAAAAUUUUAUCUCGGUUUCGGGGUUUUUUUGGAACAAAAAAACCUCGGUUCGGUUAUUUUCAAAAAAGAAGAAAGUACAAAUGUAUGAACUCAUUUAUGUAUGUUUCAAGCAUUUUUACUAAAUAGAUGAAUCUAUGCCUUUGUAAGUUUUUAUAAAUCUCUGAAUAUUUUAAAAGAACAAUUGGAAUUUAUUUAUGAAGAUGUAAUAUUUCUUAGUUUUUAAAAAAAAAUUAAAGCAAGUUCACAACAAUAACUAUCACAACUAAAAUAUCAACUAUUUGAGCACUUAGUACAGUGCAUAUUGUGCACAAAGAGCACAAUCUUGUUAUUUUCCAAACAUUUCAACCUGCAAUCAGGUGGGCAUUUGGCGGGCGUUAAACGGGAAAUUAAAACCGAAACUACCAGUUCUUUUGCGUAUAAUUUUUCGGUGCUGAAAAAAGUACCGGAAGAACCGAAUUUUUCGGUUAACCACACAGCUCUAGUGCACAUGGAAGAUCCAAUGUAUGGUCAUGCCUGUCAUCACCCAAAUCUCGGACUCGUGAACAUAUGAGGUGUAUUAAUUUUUAUCAGAAUAAACCACUGAAUUCUUCCUAUAUAGAGCUUAUAGUUCUACACCUUGUUACACCCAAGUAAUGUAGUUAAUCAUUAAUCCUGUAAUUUCAUAACAUUUUAUUUUAGGCAUGGAGAAGUGAUGCAUCCAGCAACUAAGUUAUGGAAGUUUAUAUCCAUACAUGUACAUAGUGUAGUAAUGACAUUGCCAGUACCACGUUUUCAGACAAUAGGAAAACCACUUCAAAGUUCAAAGAACAACUGUUUUGUUUUUAUUGUGUUCAUAGAUGAAAUAUUGGGUGGGGGACUCACAAGGGAGGAGUACUCAGGGGGGGGGGGGUACUCAGCAGAACCAGCACCUCAAGAAGAAACAGAUAUGCUGUUAUUUCCAGUAUAAUGUAUAAUAAUAAUAUUAGACAUAUAUUAAAAGUUUUCUUUACAAAAAAUACUUCCAGAGUUUUGUCUAUUUUAAAAUUUAUUCAAUAAUUGUAAAGUAUAUUUUGUCUGUUCUGUCCAGUUUCACUAUGCAGUCAGUGCAGUCUUGAAGAAUCCUUCCUCUGCAGUACAUCUCUAUUAAACGUUUACUUUGCAAGCACUCAAACCGCAAUGAAUCAUUCACCAAACUCCAUCUGAUAAUGCACACAUUGAGCAAUCACUUCAACACGAUUCACGGGUCAUCAGGGUGUAUGCCUCGUCUCCUUCGUUCAGCUUUCCUAGCGUUCCAAGCCUUCUUACAGUUCCUAUACGCUUCAAAAUAUCUUUCACAUAAUCCUCUGUUAUAAUUAUUGUCAUCUAAACAUUUGAGUGACGCUCUGGCUUCUUCUGAACAUGGAUUUGUUUUUCUGUCUGUCCACCGCCGAGCACUUUCAUCCGCCAUCUUGUUUUUUU